AUGAUGCAUCCAACAACCACAACACGCUCCAAGCACGUAGCUUAUCACCAAGAUAGUCAUUACCAUCUACUACGUAAUCACGGAGACACGACACUCGAACUCAACAAGUCUGACUUUGCACUUCAUCAGUACCCAAUUAUCUUCCAUAAGCCACCUUCCACUGGAUUUGACUACUCUUCAACGCUUCCAAAGGAUUGUGAGAGUGCGGCUAGUGAAGGGUUACAAUACCAGCAAACGUGUGAGCCGGGUUUAGAGGUUACACUUGUGAGACUGCGGAUGGUCAAUGAUGGAUAG